AUGACACAUACGUACCUUGAUUUAAUGCGCCAAGUGGAUUCGGCCAAAAAUCUGGAAGGGGUUUAUGAGUUCCGUUCACACGAUGGAAACAAGAUAGGAAAGAUACUACCGUUUGUUGUCGCUCAAUUGAAGAGGAGCGCUGCGUUUGAAAUCGAAGAAGAGUGGAAAACAGUCAGAAUCACCUUGGAGAGUGCACAAGAGCGAUCUGCAGCUUUGAAGGCACUAUGUGCCGAUUGGCGCCAGGAUAAAGUUUUCAGAGUACUCGAGGGAUGGAGGAACGAGCUUUAUCCUGUGUAUAGUCCGUCGAAGACCAUCUACUUUGUGAUCGAGAGGUCAGCGGCAUGCCUAUUUGGACUCGUUACGUACGGAUCGCAUAUAACAGGCUAUGUUCCGGCGCAGCGGCCAGAGGAUUUCUUGCUAUGGGUUCCAAGAAGAUCGUAUUCUAAGCCUACAUGGCCAGGGAAACUGGACAACACAGUUGCUGGCGGGCUAGGCUUCCCGGCUGGACCGUGGGAAACUGCGAUCAAAGAAUGCCAAGAAGAGGCAGGUCUACCGGCAGAGUAUGUUCAGCCUCGGCUGAAAACCGUCGGAGUUCUUACAUACGAGUUUCAACUUGAGCAUACCGUUGAAGAAGAGACUGGAGUCUACCAGCCCGAGGUUGAGUACAUAUACGACCUGGAAAUGGACAAAGAUACACAGCCCCACCCUGAAGAUGGAGAAGUCCACGAAUUCAGCCUAAUGACGACACAGCAAGUCCACGAGAGACUGGUGAACGGCGAGUUUAAGUACAACUGUGCUCUGGUCAUGAUCGAUUUCUUCAUUCGACACGGCAUUGUGACACCUGAAAACGAGCAGGACUAUAUUGAAAUCGUGGGACACUGCCACCGUAAACUAGACUACCCGCUGCGAUAA